AAGGUUGCAGUUUUCAACCGCAAACAGUUUGUGUGAUAAGCUGUUGGCUUUUAAGGUUAAAAUGUACGAUGUGCCUGAGAUGCUUGCAGGACACACCCAGACAGUACAACAAUUUUUUUCUGUAUGGGCUACUGGUGGAACUAGAACUGGUGAUAUUGUCAGCCUCCUGUGCCACACUUGUGCGAACUGUAUAGGAGACUGCUCUUAUUCAGUCAUCAAAAGGUUCAUAGAUUGAGCGGGCAAAGCAUGCACAUUUUUGGACCACAGGUUACAAUGGGGGAUACCCGGAACUGUGUUAGUUCCUAGCUGCUUAAAACCGAUAUGAUAGUCUAUCUCCCAUGAGGUAGCAUAAUCGAAAGGAAAUAUACUGCAAACAAAUGAUGGACCAUCACCUCACCCUAUGAAGUGAGUUUAUGAAGAUUGCUUGACCCACUCUGGUUUGCAAAGGACGCUUACCUUUAGAGUACGUAAUUUAGACCACGCCCUUGACGAUGGCGCUUCCUGACUGGAUGGUGUAUUUCCUUGGUGUUGCUGUGUGUUGUUCGGGCCUGUGUAUUUUCUAUCGCAGACAGUUUGGCAGGAAAUGUACAUGGAACAGUGGGUUCUUUAUGAGAAUCAUGGCCCGAUCAGAGAAACCUCUCUUUUGGAUAGCGUAUUCGCUGUACACAAAAACAAAACUUGGAUAUAUGUUCUACAAACGUCAGAUGAGAAAAGCUCGUGAGCAAUAUCCCACUGGACAUUCAAGAACACAACCAACUAUAAUGAAUGGUGUCAAGAUAAUACCCAUUCCGGUGCUCUCUGACAACUACAGCUAUUUGAUAGUAGACACAUCCUCUAAUGUUGCAGUUGUAGUGGAUCCUGCUGACCCACAGGCUGUCCAGGCCUGCCUGAAGGAGGAAGAAGUGACCUUGGAAGCCAUUCUCUGCACACACAAACACUGGGACCACAGUGGAGGGAACAAGGGACUUACAAGACUCCAUGCUGGCUGUCGAGUUUAUGGAAAUGCUAUGGAUAAUAUUCCAGGAUUGACACACCCCCUCUCUGACAAAGACACCAUAGACAUAGGCACAUGCCUGCGAUUCAGGGCCUUCUUCACACCUGGCCACACCGUGGGCCACAUGAUCUACCUGCUGGAUGGUCGAACCUUUGGCAGCCCCAGCAGUCUCUUCUCAGGGGAUCUGGUGUUCCUUUCAGGCUGCGGAAGAAUGUUUGAAGGCACUGCCGUGACGAUGCUGUCAUCUCUGGACACCGUCAACUCCCUGAAUGACGAGACUCUACUCUGGCCGGGUCAUGAGUAUGCAGAGGACAACCUUUUGUUUGCAGCCGAGUUGGAGCCCACUAACACUACCCGGGAGCAGAAGCUUCAGUGGGUUCUUCAGCAGAGGGGUCAGAGACUCUGUACGAGUCCCUCUACACUGGGGGAGGAGAAGGAGUAUAACCCAUUCCUGCGCACUCAUGCUCUUGAACUCCAGCGGGCUCUGGGACUUCAGCAGAAUCAGGACGAAGACUGGACUGCCUACAGGGCCCGGGUUCUGGAAGAGCUCCGGAGACGCAAGGACAUCUACAAGGCCCGAUAGAUUCUGUUCCUAUCUCUCUCACACAGCACUAAAGUCAUCCCUAACUACAGUAGCACAGGCCUAGGCUGCUGUUUAUGUGAAUUGAAAUGUUCUGAAGUGAGGCCUGUUUAGGUCAGAAUUUGGGCAUGACGCCUAUUCCUAGCACUGAUUUCAUAAGAGAUGUUUCCGUUUGGGGUCUUUGAUUUUUCUGGCCUUGAUAGUGUUAUAGGCCAUGUGAACCAUUUUGAUCACAUUCUGAAUUCUAAACCCCUUACCUCAUAUUUGCAACACAACUGUUAAUGAAAAUACAUUUUAAGGUAGGCAAACAAAGGUACCAAAUGCACUUAUAUUUAUAUUUAUGAGUCAAUUGUUUUUAACAAUAAAUAAUUGUUCCUAUUCCUUUUGCAA